UACAUUGUCUUUGUUUUGCGUUCCAGUGUCCACGCAUUAUAUCUGUGUUCUUCUCCGUCUCUAUUAAGAACAAAAGUACGCACAAGAUAGUACUGAAGGACACCUUAACGACCUGGGGACCUGGAGCAAAUAUGGAAAUGCGGGAUUGUUCCUGCAAAUAUUAACUGUUUCCAGAGGUUUCGAUCAUCUUUGCUAUCGGGAUCGACGGAUGGUUCCGUACCAGAGUCAAAACAGGACUUACAUCAUCAUCCUGUUUAUCUUCCUUGUCGUCUUCUCUUGCUCUGGUCGUCCCUUGUGGUAUUGUUUGUUUGGGAUUUUUGGUCGCGGACCCAAGUGGUGUCACAGAUUUUGCCGGCUGAGGUCUAAUGGUGUGGAACUAUUAAGAAUCGAGAUAGAUCCACUCUGGCGAGGCGAGCAUGAGCAUGCCCAUUGUCCGUCACGUAUUGAAUCCGGGCUUUCGUCGAACUCAAACGUGUUCCAUCCCCUGAAACCUCUGCCGACCCUACCGGUUUUCAAGUUCUUCAGUGCAGGAUCCCAAGCUACUAGGGUUCAGCGUUACCGACUUUCAAUGGCAGUUGCUCGGUUACAUGUGUUGCUAUUUCCUUCUUAAUGCUUUUGAUUUGGCUGAUGAAUGAAUUACAGGCGA